GUUUCGCUACCGAAAAUCUGGAGGAAGGUGGGGCGAGACCAGUCUUGGCAGCGUGAGAACGACUUCCUGCCACGCGACUGCACGUUGACUACUUUGCUGUCGCAUUCAACCACAACCCCUCCUCACGACACCUCGCUGCUCGGCUUUGGAGGAUUUCAACUAGUACAACUGCUCACUCUUUCUAUUCAGCCCAUUCAGCCCCGUUUCAAGAUGGCGGAGAAGCAAGAAGGUGACGAGGUGAAGAAGCGCGAGGCGCAGGUCAAGUCGGUGGACAUGAGCGAGGACAUGCAGCAGGAAGCGAUUGAAGUUGCACAGGAAGCCAUGGAGAAGUUCAACAUCGAGAAAGACAUUGCGCACCACAUCAAGCGCACGUUUGACGAGCGCAAAGGCGCAACAUGGCACUGCAUUGUAGGCAGGAACUUUGGCAGCUUCGUCACGCACGAGACCAAACACUUCAUCUACUUUUACCUGGAGCACGUGGCCAUCCUCCUCUUCAAGACGCAGUGAUCAUUUGGCAAAGUCGUUCACACUGGCCACUCGGUUCGAAGUCGCAAGGCAUGCGCCGGGAAGGCCGCUGGAUAGAUAGUAGCCACAGAGCGCGGAAGGAGCGUUAAUCAAGGACAGUUCAGUUUCCCAAUUGUAUUCUGUGUAAAACAUUGCGCCGACCCUCUUCGCUCGCGUUGAU